AUGGAUGGUCUUGAGCCAGUCGAUCUUUACAUGGUACGCCAAGCAUCAUUUACCUUUUGGCAUAUUUAUCAGGGAAAAGAAGUCAAGAAGUUCCGGCGUUCAGAGGCCAUUUCCCGGGCACGCAGGACAGGUAAUUUCGUGAAAGAUCCAGCCACCGUCUUGCGAGCCAGACCGCACGCUUUUUGCUCCCAGUGUCUGACAAGGAGACUUUCGCGUGCCACCUAUCGUCAUAUUACCGAUACACUAAGCAGGAUGAAAUGCAUUGUUCUCGCUGUGAAUUGCCCCACAGGCACUUGGUAUUCUCUGCCGAAGAGCGCAAGAAGCGCCGAGAUGUUCGUCAGUGUAUCGCGCACGACGGGUUCAUACGGCUUUGUUCUCAUCUUACGGUGCCGUUCUCUUGGGUCUGGGAUAAGACACGUUCGAAGCAAGCCGAUUCAGAUGAAGCCCGUCAAAUCAGAUAUGACUACAAUGUAUUCCUUGCGGCCAAAGAUUGCCGCGAGUGUGAAGGCACAGACUUCCAAGACACCACCACCCUGCAUCACAAAGGGGCUACUUCUCGGUAGAUCCCUCUACCUCCGACAAUAG